AUGACGAUGAAGAGUGACAAUGACGAACUGAAGGCCUUUCAGCUUCCAGCUCCAGGUUCAUUUUAUUUAUCCCAGCUGGAAAGCGCCCCGAAAGCACCCCGAAAGCGCCCGUUUCCCGCUCGCGCCCUCUCCCACCGCACGGCCACGCGCCCGCCCACCCACACGCCGGAACGCGGCGGCCGCCUCCCCCGGCUCCCCCGGCCCGCGGCGCGACCUGGCACCGUCGUCGCGACCCACUGCGGCCCGCCAGGAAGCGCGGAGCCCGAUCGGCGCCGUCCCCAGCCGCCCCCCGACGGCGACACGACCCGCGCCCCACUUCUGCGCGCUCGGGACGCGACACUCACGCGGGCUGGGGACCGGCAGACGCGGGGCGAGCCCGCGUCCCCAGACGCUCCCUCCGGACGCCCUCCCCGAGAUCGCUCCACACUCACUCUCCAGGGGUUCCCCCGCGUCCCCGUCCCCGAGAUUCCCCCCGCGCCCCCUUCCCGAGCUCCCCGGCGCCCCCUUCCCCGAGAUCCCCCGCGCACCCCUCCUCGAAAUUCCCCCGCGCCCCCCUUUCCCGAGAUCCCCCGCGCCCCCUGCCCCGAGAUCUACCCGGGGCCCGUCCUCGAGAUCCCCCGGACCCCUUUCCCCGAGCUCUCCCGCACCCCCUUCCCCGAGCUCCCCCGGCGCCCCAGCUCCGAGCUCCCCCCGCACCCCUGCCCCGAGAAUCCCCCGCGGCCCCUGCCCCGAGAUUCCCCCACGCCCCCUUCCCCGAGCUCCCCCCGGGCCCCCUGCCCCGAGAUUCCCCCCCCCCCACGCCCCUGCCCCGAGCUCCGCGGUGCCCAGUUCCCCGAGCUCCCCCGCGCCCCUUCCUCGAGGUCCCCCGGAGCCCCAGCUCCGAGUUCCCCCCGCGCCCCUGGCCCGAGUCCGCCAGGCUCCAGGGCGGCGGCGGCGUCUACUCCCGCGCCCACCCGCACUCUCCCGGGGGGCCCGUGGGGGGGGGGGGGGUCCCAGGCCCGCGUGCCGGGUCCGCGGUGGAGCCGGGGCUGGGCCGCGCCGCCCCCCAGCGCGCCCCGCGCCCGCCGCCCGCCCGGCGCGCCCCGCCCCAGCGCGGUCCCCGGAACCGGCCGCCCCGCGCCCCGCGCCCCGCUCCCAGCCGCACGUCCGCCCCGUCGCGCCCCGGCCCGCCCUUACCGCUCGUCGGGCGCCGCGUCCGCCGCUACUGGGGCGCGGGGCUCGGGGCCGGCCGCCGCCGGGGGCCGAGGGAGCCGGACGAGGAGCGCGCCGAGGCGGGCAGGAGGCGCCGCAUCUCCCCGCGCCCGCCCGGCCUGGGCCCGAGACGUCCGGACCCCGCGCUGCGCGCCGGCCGCUGCGCCUGCACGGCCGUCCCCGGGGUGUCACCCGGCCCGCGGCCACGCCCCCGUCCAUCAGCCCCGCGGGGCCCGGCCCCCAUUGGCCCGCCCGCCCCCGCCCCGCCCCUCCCCCGGGACGGGGUCGCCCUGGAGACGGGCGCGGGGUUCCCAUGACGACCGGGGCCGGGGCCCGGCUCCCCGCGCCCCGCCGACCCGCCCGGCGCCCGGGUCCGGCAGGCCCGGCUGCCCGCUGGACUCCCCGACCGCGGCCACGUUGCAGACUCCCCCGACCGGCCCCGCCGGGCGACUUUCGUCACCGCUUGGGGCCCCUGGGGAGCGCCGCGCGCUCGCCCCCCGGCCGCUCUCGGGCCGGCCAGCACCCCUGGCGGGGGAGACAAUCCAGAGCCCCCAACCCCCAGGCCGGGGCUGCGGGGGCGCGGGCGGAGGCGAGUCCUGGUUCCUGUCGCUGCGGACCCGAGUCACCCCGGCCCUUCGCGCUCCUUCAGACGUGGAGGUGCCGCGUGGUGCGGUGGAGCCGGGCGCCUGGGAGCGCGCGGUCGGGGUGCGCGGCCCGGGGGAGUGGCCGCCCUGCGCCCCCCGGGGUGGCUCCCCCGUGCGCGACUGCGGGGUGCGCGCAGCCCGUCCCGGGUCCCCGGCGACGGCUUCUCCGCGAGCCGUGCGGGCGCUGCGGGCGUUCCCGCGCGCCUACCCGCAGGGGGCUGGGCACGGGCCGACCCCCGAGCCCGGGCGCCAAGGCUGCCCAGUGCCGACCGCCGCGCGCCGCCGAGCUCCGAGCCAGCAGCGGCGCGCGAAGGACAGGGGCACUGGGGUCGGUGAUACCCCCGAUGCCUAUCUCGCCUCACCUCCUCUAGGCGCACCCCCCCCUCUCCAGUGUCAGCCAGCCAGCGUGCCGCUGCUCAGGUGGGGCGGAGAAUCCUCCUUUGUUCGCGGAAAUGGGUUGCUGCUCCUUUUUGGCCCGGCCUGA